AUGGGUGCUCCACUAGUGGGGUGCGCUAGCCACCGCCUGAAUUUAGCAGUGCAGGCGCACUUGAGCAGCUACGACGAAGAUGUGGCGCAGAUCCAAACUCUCAUGCGCAAAAUGAAGACACUGAACCUGGCCGCAGCCCUACGCUUUAACACACUGCUCCUUCGCCAAGACACACGUUGGGGCUCGACCGACCGAAUGGUAGAACGCUGCUUUUGGCUCUCGGAGUUCCUCCCUGAUGAUGACGACGAGACCGCAGAUAUCAUGCCGAGCUCAAGGGCAGUGAAGCGCUUGAAGACUCUGAUGGUGGAGCGUACACGCGUUAAAAAUGUGAACAAGGCCCUCCAAAAGGACGGUAUCACAAUGCUGGAUACACGUGUUUGGGUCGACGGUCUAAUCGAAGUGGAGCCCAGCUUCAAACACUACCUGGAAUUUUGGCGCUCAAGCUGA